UUGGGUUAGCAGUUGGCAGUUGGCACUGUUCAGGUUGGCAGCAAUUUGUUUUUGUUUACCGCUGUCGGCACUCGGCGCUGUCAUUUUCGAAUUUUAACCAAAAAUAAAAUAUUCAAAAUAUUUUCUCAAACUUCCUGAAAAAUCUAGGGAUAUAAUGGCUGCUGCAGCUGCUGCCAAAAUUGCUGAGGUACGGGAAACCACUCGUGUGGAAAGGAUUGGGGCUCAUUCUCACAUCAGAGGUCUUGGUUUAGAUGAUAGUCUUGAGGCAAGACAUGUUUCCCAAGGUAUGGUUGGACAAGUGUCUGCCAGACGUGCAGUUGGUAUUGUACUUCAGAUGGUUCGAGAUGGAAGAAUUGCAGGAAGAGCAGUGCUUCUAGCAGGACAGCCAGGUACUGGGAAAACUGCUAUUGCUACAGCUUUAGCAGCUGCCUUAGGUCAUGAUACACCCUUUACUAGUAUGGCAGGCUCAGAAAUUUAUUCUUUGGAAAUGAGCAAGACUGAGGCUAUCACUCAAGCCUUCAGGAAAAGCAUUGGAGUUAGAAUAAAAGAAGAGAGUGAAAUAAUCGAAGGUGAAGUAGUGGAAGUCCAAAUCGAACGACCCGCUACGGGGGUCGGCACAAAAGUUGGAAAACUCAUCUUGAAAACGACCGACAUGGAAACCGUUUAUGACUUGGGCGGCAAAAUGAUCGACAGCAUCCUGAAAGAAAAAGUGCAAUCGGGGGAUUUCUUUUCCUGCAUAAGAUUCACAAGGCCUUUCAUGUCAACCGAUUGUAAAAUCACUCGUUUGGGACGAUCUUUUGCAAGAGCCAGGGACUAUGAUGCCACCGGCCAACAGACCAGAUUCGUUCAGUGUCCCGAGGGGGAACUACAGAAGAGAAAGGAAGUGGUUCAUACAGUCACUUUACACGAAAUCGAUGUGAUCAAUAGUCGGACUCAUGGAUUUUUGGCAUUAUUUUCUGGUGACACCGGUGAAAUCAAACCCGAAGUGAGGGAACAAAUCAACGGCAAAGUUGCAGAAUGGCGUGAGGAAGGCAAAGCCGAAAUCAUUCCUGGCGUCCUCUUUAUUGAUGAGGUUCACAUGUUGGACAUCGAAUGUUUCUCGUUCUUGAACAGAGCCCUCGAAAAUGAAAUGUCUCCGAUAGUCAUAAUGGCGACGAACAGGGGAAUCACCAAAAUCCGAGGUACAACCUACAAAUCACCACACGGGAUUCCUCUGGACUUGCUGGAUAGAACUAUUAUUGUCCCCACACAGCCUUAUGAUGAAAAAGAAUUGAGAGAAAUUCUAAGGCAAGUAUAUUCAAAUUUGUGUUCAGCAACCCCAUAUUACCCUAGCAUCCGGUGCGAAGAAGAGGACUGUCAAAUGUCCGAUAACGCCUUGGCCGUCCUGACGCGCAUCUGCAAGGAGACCUCGCUGCGCUACGGUAUGCAGCUGAUCAUGACGUCCAGUUUGAUAGCGAGGAAACGCAAGGCGCACGAAGUGGAAGUGGAGGACAUCAAGCGGGCAUAUCAGCUGUUCUUCGACGAGGGCAGAUCGGUACAGUUCCUCAGAGAGUAUCAGCAGGAGUUCAUGUUCAAUGACGUGGAUGACAAGGAUGACAUGGAAAUGGAGACAAUGUAAUCAUCAGGAUGCAGUAUUUUUUGAGGCACGAAUUUCACAUCAUGUUUUUUUUUAAUUUGUCAAUUUGUACACUUCUUUAUGUAACUUUGUUUGUGAAAUAUUAUGUUUAAGUUUGUGAAAACUGAUUUGAUUUUUCAUAACUGUUGAAUGAUUAGGGAGAUGCAUAGAUGUAAAACCCUAAGAAUAAAAAUGUAGUUUCUAUA